UUCGUUUGAAAACCCCCUGAAACGGACGUCCCUCCCUCCCGAGCUCCUUCCUCUGUCUGUUUUUCCUCUGAAGCCUGAAAAUUAAAGAAAAAGAAAAAAAAUUUCAACAUCCGACAAUGAUAAAAAAAUCUUCGACGCAGGCACGUGAGAUCCAUGUCUUUAAGACGAGUUACUGCGUAUUAGGAGAUGUUUAUGGAGUGAUGAUGGUUCCCAAGGAGGUCGAGCUCGAAAAAGAGGGCAGUUUCGAGCUGCGGUUUCAAGUUCCGGAUGUUGGACAAGCCCUUAAAAAUUUCUUAAGGAUUAGAGAAGUUGGGGAGUUUGUAAGUGGGGCUUUAGCGGGUGCCAUGGCUAAAGCUGUUCUUGCUCCUCUAGAAACAAUCAGGACGAGGAUGGUGGUUGGUGUUGGAUCAAGAAGUAUUGCUGGUAGCUUCAUUGAGGUCAUUGAGAAGCAAGGUUGGCAAGGGUUGUGGGCAGGCAACACCAUUAACAUGCUCCGUAUAAUCCCAACUCAAGCAAUUGAACUGGGCACAUUUGAAUGUGUCAAGCGAACCAUGACAUCAGUGCAAGAGAAAUGUAAACAGAAUGGAAACCAAAAAUUGAAGAUUGGGAAUGUUAAUUUGGAUCUCUCAUUCUCAUGGAUCUCCCCAGUUGCUAUUGGUGGUGCAGCUGCAGGAAUAACGAGCACACUUGUCUGCCAUCCUCUUGAAGUGUUGAAGGAUCGGUUGACUGUAAAUCCUGAGGCAUACCCCAAUUUCUCCCUUGGCCUUAAAAAUCUCUACAAGGAAGGUGGGAUUGGAGCACUUUAUUCUGGAAUUGCACCUACGUUAAUCGGCAUGCUCCCAUAUAGCACUUGUUACUAUUUCAUGUAUGAUACAAUGAAGAAAUCUUAUUGCGAGGCAAAGAAGAAAAAAUCAUUAAAUCGUGCGGAGAUGCUUAUGGUUGGAGCUCUGUCUGGGCUUACUGCAAGCACAAUCAGUUUUCCAUUGGAGGUGGCUAGGAAACGGUUAAUGGUCGGAGCACUACAAGGGAAGUGCCCACCCGACAUGGCAGCAGCACUGUCCGAAGUCAUCCGUGAGGAAGGAUUCCUGGGGCUUUACAGAGGGUGGGCUGCUAGCUGUUUGAAAGUCAUGCCCAACUCUGGCAUCACUUGGAUGUUUUAUGAAGCAUGGAAGGAUAUAUUGCUUGCUGAGAGGCAUUACCUAUAAUGCCAAGGAUCACCCCCCAUAGAUAACCACCAUUAUUAUUGCAGGGCAAGGGCAGCCGAGGUCUAUGCGCAUAAAUGUCUAACUGGAUCUUGUCCUUCGCCUACAUCCGGAUUCUGAAAUCUUGGAAACAGCCUUAUUUGGAUUGACUGGCCAAUGUUUUUUGCAAGGCCAGCUUCCUUGGCUUGGUUGAGGGCAAAGGGGAAGAAGAAAUCUUCGUUUAUACCAACUUGGUUCUGUAUCUUGCAAAGAUGCUAUUAUUUCCAAGACAUGCUUUGGUUAAAAAUUUUCCUUUUUUUUUUGAAUAUUUUCUUGUCUCCAUUGUUUCAAUUAAGAGUUAGUUACUUCAACUA